UAGGUUCCCAAACCUGUAGUGCCGCCGCCGCCCCCACGUCUGAUGCACCUCCGGCGCCCGAGCAAGGAGCAGCAACUCCAUUAGCCUCGCAGAACCCCACCUCGCUGGCCCGAGCAGGGGUGGCGCGCCUCGUCCUCGCCUCCAUCUAAGCGCGGAGAGAGAGAUGGCGAGGGCUGGAUCUAGCUAGGUGGCCAUGGAGAAUGACGACUUGGCCCUGCAGCCGAUGCCAACCAUCAACUUCUUCCCAGUAGCAAGAAGUCAAGCCCUUUUGUGGUACGAUCUAUCCCGAAGGAGGUCGUCCCCCGAGCCCGCAUCCCUGUCGUCGACCUUGCGCACAGGGAAGGUCGCAAUCUGCGUCAUCGAGGCCGGUGGGUUCAUCUGCUUCCACCUCUACGAGAAGCUCAUGGCCGAGAACCCGCACACGGUCCUUGCCGUUGACAUUUACUGCGACAAGAUCCGCCAUCUCGUGGACCCACCUUUCUAUGGCGUUUGUCCAGACCAUCUACGACUACGAGAGUGCUCUCAGGUGCAAUGAGAUUUUGGCCCCACCCCUUUCACUGGUUGAGGUUGCCUCUCUACAGGUCGCGGUGGUCACUGAGGGAGUCCUGGACUAAGGGGUCCUCGGGCGUCCAGUCUGUUAUCCAUGGGCUGGACUGAUGGGCUGU